CCCAGGUCUUCAGUUCCAGGAAAGGGGAAGCUGCUUGAGGCCUCUGAGGGUGGCACAGCUUCCUCUUUCUGUUAGGUCUCCAGGGCUGCUCCUCCCUGGACCACUGCCGCCUCUACCUUCCACUGCAGCUUGGGGGCCUGGUUGUGGCUUUGCUAGUUGGCUUCUACCCAGGGAAUUUCUGGUUCUGAUUGUUUGGCGCUGUUAGGAGGGCUGAGUCUGAGGAAGCAUUCCCUGACCCUGUGAGCCUGUUUGCAUUGUAGGCCUCCAGCACCAGACCUGGGCUGGGUGCCGGGUGUUGGUGGUGAAUAAAGCAGACAUCCCGGCCCUGUCUGCUGUCUGGUGGGUGCAAGCAAUAAACAAGUAAGCAGACAAAUACUUAAUUACAAACCUGCAGCUGCUGGGGAGGAAGGAAAUCCUGUGACCUACUUUAGGCCCAUUACCUCAUUUGAGCCUCAUGAUAGCCUUUUACCCUGGGGGAUAAACACCCCCAUCUUACAGAUGAGGAAACUGAGCCCUAAGAAGCAAGGAGCUCAGGUCCCACAGGGAGUUGGUGGCAGCAGGGAUGGCCCCAGGCUCAGAGACUUGGAGGAAGGGUGGCCUCUGUGCUAACUUCCUUUUCUGCCAGAACCCCUACCCUUCCUCCCUCACACAGUGUGACUGGGGGUGGCCCUCCUCCCACAGGCCAUUGUCGCUGGAGGGGAGUUAGGCCUUAACUUGGGCCUCAGCUUUCUGUCUCUUAACAGCUGUCUUCCAGGCAGCCCUCAGGAGGUGCGGGGCCUUGAGACAUCACUGACUGCCCUGCCUUCUGGAUAAGGCAGUGUGGUGGGGCUGGGCCCUUCACAGACCCCCUCCCAGUGAGGGGCUUCUCUUUAGACUUGUUUUCCAGGGCUCUGGCUUAGAGGCUAGAGGCCUGGGGGGCAGGGGUCUGGGCAGCAGGUGUGCUAUGUACAUGGGCCUUUUUCCUGACCGAGCAAGUCCGUUGGGGGCUCAGUCUGGCAGAAUGUGGGGGCCUGGGCAGCCAGACUGGGGCCAGCAAUCACUCCAGGGCCUGAUGAUGAAGCCAAGCCUGCCAUGCUGGCCCCUUUCCUGCUUCCUUAUGCUGCUGCCCUGGCCUUUGGCCACUCUCACAUCGACAACCCCUUGGUUGUGUCCACCUGGGGAGGAGCCUGACUUGGACCCAAAGCAAGGCACACUGUGCAGGUCCUGCCCCCCAGGCACCUUCUCAGAUUCAUGGAGCUCUCUCCCAUGCCAGCCCCAUGACCGCUGCAGCCUUCGAAGAAGGCUGGAGGCCCAAGCCGGCACAGCAACUCGAGAUACACUAUGUGGAGGCUGCCAGCCUGGAUGGUUUGGACCUUGGGGGGUCCCCCGUGUUCCAUGUCAGCCAUGCUCCUGGGCACCUCUGAGUCCUCGUGGUUGUGAUGAGUGGGGGCGGCGGGCCCGACGUGGUGUGGAGGUGGCAGCAGGAGCCAGCAGCGGUGGUGAGACACGGCAGCACAGGAAUAGCACGAGGGCAGGUGGCCCUGAGGAGACGGCUGCUCAGUACGCGGUGAUUGCCAUUGUGCCUGUCUUCUGCCUUAUGGGGCUGCUGGGCAUCCUGGUGUGCAACCUGCUUAAGCGGAAGGGCUACCACUGCACAGCCCACAAGGAGGUCGGGCCCGGCCCUGGAGGAGGAAGCAGCGGGAUGAACCCUGCCUAUCGGACUGAGGAUGCCAAUGAGGACACCAUCGGGGUCCUGGUGCGCCUGAUCACAGAGAAGAAAGAGAACGCGGCUGCCCUGGAGGAGCUGUUGAAAGAAUAUCACAGCAAACAACUGGUGCAGACAAGCCACAGGCCUGUGCCCAGGCUGCCUCCGGCCUUCCCCAGCAUGCCACACAUCUGUCCGCAUCGUCACCACCUCCACACUGUGCAGGGCCUGGCCUCGCUCUCUGGCCCCUGCUGCUCCCGCUGUAGCCAGAAGAAGUGGCCCGAGGUGCUGCUGUCCCCUGAGGCUGCAGCUGCCACCACUCCAGCUCCCAGCCUCCUGCCCAACCCAACCAGGGCUCCCAAGGCUGGGGCCAAGGCAGGACGUCAGAGUGAGAUCACCAUCUUGUCUGUGGGCAGGUUCCGUGUGGCUCGGAUUCCUGAGCAGCGGACCAGUUCAGUGGCAUCUGAGGUGAAGACCAUCACGGAGGCUGGGCCUUCAGGGGGUGAUCUCCCUGACUCUCCACAACCUGGCCUCCCCCUUGAACAGCGAGCCCUGCUGGGAAAUGGUGGAAGCAAUACUAAGUGGUUGAAGCCCCCAGCAGAGAACAAGGCUGAGGAGAACCGCUAUGUGGUCCGCCUAAGCGAGAGCAACCUGGUCAUCUGAAGGACUGUCUAGUCUGAGACAUAUGUCCUGCCCUGGGAGGUUCCGAAAGCUUCCUGCAGGAGGGAGAGCUGCUGCUGGGACCAUGAGGACAAAGAAGCAAGGGCCCAGCAGAGAAAACAGCAAAGGCCAAGGCCUGGAGGUGGGACGGUACACCCCAGUGAGGAGGCGGGCAGCCGGCGGGUACCGCGUGCAGGAGCAGAUGGAGAGCCUCUCCCUGUCCCUGACACCCUAGUUCCUCCCCUGCAGGAUGCCCCAAUCCUGUGCCUACCUUGGCCACAUCAUCAGAGCCCACAGGGUCCUCUGUUUCCCCAGGAAUCUGGGCUUGGUGGAGGGAUGGCACCUGUACCUGGUAUCUAGCCUGUGCCUUGGGGACUAGUCACCCUUACCUGUCCAGAGCCCUAGAGCAGAUGCGCCUCUCCCACCUCUUCUGGCAGGUCCUGUGAAGGGAAGUGGAAGGACCCUGGGUCCAGAGUCCUGGGCUGGGAGGCUGAGCUCCUGGGUUCUAACCCGACUGUGAAGUGGGGAAAGGACAGCCUGGGCUCUCUCUAGCUCCCUGCGGGUUCUGGGCUGGGUCCUGCUGGGAGAACUUGACUCUGCCACCCUCCAUCAGUAGCUUUACCUGGCCCACUUUUUUGCUGCUUCCAGGGCCUCUGCCUUCAAGGCCCCCAUGGGGCUGUCCAUCAUGGCUUGGCCUACAGGGGCUUAAUGCAUGUGCCCACCCCACCCUGCUGUUUUUUAAGAAAACUGAAAAAUGGCUUGACCUGGGCAGAGACGUGGUGCAGAGUCCCAGCCAGAUCCAAGAUCUCUGGAGUUUUGGAGAGAAGCUGGUGGGACUGGAGAGCGCCUCUGGCCUCGGUGGUUCCUGUGUCUCAGGGGUGCUGUCUGUCUGUCCCCCGCCCUGGGCAGUGCAGGCAACUGCCAGUCCAACCCCAUCUGUCUCCACUCUGGCUCAGUGCCCGGUUAUUUAUGUGGGGCCGUGCAGGCACGGGUUCACUGCCCUUCCCGUUUCUCUUAUUUAUUAAAACCUGCUGUCGUCCAUCCUUGCACCUCUAUCCCCACCAACUUGUUGAGUAAUAAAAGGUGGAAAUGAUGUCAUGAGGAGGGUCCUUUCCCUGUGCCUUCCCCAGCUCAUUCAACAUAUACCUCCUGAGCCCCUGCACUGUGUCUGUCCUGUGUGCUGGACAGGGUGUCCCUCCCCUCACCACACCUGCACCUCAGCAGCCAGGAAAAUGUGUGGAGGAGGCCUCUCACCUCAUCCAGUUCUCACUGAGGCCCCAGAGGCCAGGCUGCCUGACAGAAAAACAGUGUGAACCAUAUUCGUGAUUUAAAGUUUUCUAAUAGCUACAUUCCAAAAAGGAAAAAGGAACAGGUGAACCUAAUUUUAACAAUAUUAA